UUAUGACAAAGCCAAGUCUGGUAGGCGUGCGGGUUUGGGCAGCUGCUGGUGUGCAACACGUCGGAGGGACAACCACCAGAAUGAGAAAAGCUGCCUCAUCCGAGUCCGAUUAGAGGAGGACAGAGCACAACAAUUCAAAAUGAUUUUGGUGACUAAUCAAGAUCGUGUAUCUGAAGUUCUCAACAAAGCCAUGACCGCGCUCAAAUUUGAACCCGAGCAUCCUCAGAAAUUUGAUCUAGUACAGAUCAUUGAAUCGAAUAAAGUGCUCAUACUUCCGGCCAAUGCCAUCCUGUAUUAUGCAAUGGACAAGAAAGUGAAUCACGACUUCAUCCUGAGAUUCACCGAAAGAAGAUCUUCAUGUUUAUGCAAGUUUUAGCUGCAAUGUUCGAGCCUCCUUCGCAAUAUGAAUCAAUGAGCUCUGGUGAGGGAGGGAAUUAGAGAGCUCACCGCCCUGAUUUUUGAGAGGUCGUAUGUAUAUUAUUUCCUUCUCCUCCUGUAAAUCACUUGGUGCUCGACAUAGGAUUCACUAAUUAGACAUUUACACAUAACCACUUUAAAAUUAAAAUGGUUCAACAUCGAGGCUAUGCCAACAAUACCAGCCACAGGUAGAAGAGAAAAUCAUCU